GUAGUAUGCAUGGCGUGAGCAGCACAAAGAAGGAGGAGAAGUGUUGCUGCCGAUACGAUGCAGUACCAGUGGUCUCUUGUCAAACUAUCCAAAAUCAGUAGCUGCAGCAAAAAUAAACAUCAUCGAUGUGGCGUGGUUAGCACAUUAUACUUAGCAGUCGCAGAUUUUGAAUCAACCACGGUGAGUUUUUAAUUAUCUCGGUUACGGAAGAAAAAGACCAAAAACUGAAGACAUGUUUCCUUCAUCUUCCUCUUCGUCCUCCCACGUCGGUCUGGGUGUAGGACUAGGCGGGAUGGGGAUAAAAGAGAAGCUGAUUACCGAUAAACUGGCGCAUGAUUUCGAAGACAUCGGAGCUGAGCAGGGCUUCGCAGAUGAUGCGGCCGGCGGGCUGGUCGCAGCACCCGGGCUAUGUAGUCUCACGCUCGAGGACGACGACGCGCUGGAACUCAUGAAAGUGAAGGAAAAAAGCAAAGCGUUGAAGGAAAAGACGAUCACGGAUCGCCUAGGCGGAGAAAAGGCGAAAAACAAAAAGCUCAAAGAACAAGGUAUGCAGUGAGCCAGCUUCGUUAAAUGAAAAUGACUUUGCAAUUCGAAUUUCGUUGUGGAGGAGUCUGCCAUCAAGAGAUGAUCGCGUAUCGCGGUCAAUAAGCCGCAUCAAUAAAAAGAUGUAUUUCAUAUAAAUUCAGAGUAGUUUAUAGCUCGCAUGGUGCAUGGAGUGCAUGGAGCACCUGCAGCCUGGUCACGCAUGGGGUGCAUGGAGUGCAUCGCAAGCGUGUAAGGGACGGGCACGCGUAGAGCAUGCCCCGCCGAAGUUGGGUCUGAUAGGUUAGACGCCCGGGGGGACGCUUCGUGAUGUGUCAAGAGGUGACGUUACCGGCGGCGCUGCAGCUGGUUUGUGGGGGGCCCUGAGCUCAGGGAACCAGCUUGCGAGUGAGUGGGCGGGGAGUUGUAGCCGUCGGGAGGUUGUAGCGUAGGCGGGGAGCUGUAGCCCCAACUACGGGUAAGCAAUGCGUCGAGGGGCGCAGCCGGCGGCGCUGAGGCUGAUGCCUUGGCUGCCUUAAGGGCCCCCGCCCGCGAGUGAGUGUCUUCGCUGUCAGGGUUGGUUGAUAGGCCAGACGCACGGGGGGCACUGUCUUGGACGUAAUACGCCCAGGGGUCGCUGGCGGCGCUGCGGCUGCUUUGCUGCUUGGACGGCUUGAGGGCGCCGGGCCCGGGCCGCGAGUGAGCGCGUCGGCCCGAAGGCUCCGCGUAGCAGUCGGAGCUGGGGUUGGCGGAUUAGCCGCCUGAGGUGCCUCCCCGGAGUACCGAGCUGGGGGCGUGUAUACUCUGACAGAUGAGAGGCGCCGGCAGGGCGCCUCGCAAAAUUCUCACGCAUGGAGUAGUUCAUGGAGCACCUGCUCCAUGCUAUUCCAUGUGUUCUAUGCACUCCAUGCCAUGCGCCCGGCGAAACCUUAGAAACUGCUCUGCUAUAUAAGUGGCGUCAACGAGGGUAACCCACUCUCGCAACAUCAGCGGCAAAGUCUCGAGCCGAUCGCGCGGGCCUGAUAUUCCCAGUCGGUAGAAUUCACAACUCUUUGAGGAACAAGGUACCGACGCAGUGUCGCGUCGGUGGCACCGCCGCUGUGUUUCAGGCUGCAGUGAUGGAAUACAUGAUGGCAGAACUGCUCGAACUCUCUGGUAUGAAAUCUUUCCGCUAUGUAUUGCUAUUAUAGUGUGCUCUACGGAAAAUAUGCAUUGUAGCCAGCAGCUCCUGCUUCAACUGACUCCUGCAUUCAGAUUUCUUUCAUUUGAUUUCGUGUGAAGACUCCAAUCAUGCCAGGUAAGCAGGCGAAAAAUGCUAAGCGAAAGGAGAAGGCGCGCAUCACACCGCAAUUCCUCAAUUUCGCAAUCAAGCAUGAUCGGGAAUUCGACGAGUACUAACAAUAAUAUGCCAGAAUCAAUGCAACUGUAAAUGAUAAAUAGAAGUAGCUGUGGCUCACUGAAUUACCUGGCAAUCUAGUCCAUUGUCCUUGGAGUCUCAGUCCAGCCUGAGUUCAACAAGAGAUAGAAGACCCGUGGUUUUCAUGAGAACUGACGUCAACUUUAUUAGGCUCUUGUCGCGCGUUAUGGUUUCCGGUGGUGGCGUACUUCCGAAAAGUGAUUCCGAUUUGAAAAACCUGUACGCAGGGAAGAAAAAAAUGGCGACGAAGAACAAAAAUCAUGUUAGUGGUGCAGCAGAGGACGGCGGAGACGGCGAUGGAGAUAUGCUCGACGCUGGUGUUUUUUGA